UAUUUUGGAAUUGAAAGUUACACAUGUAGUUUGUUGAUGUUAAGAUUUGGUUUUUAGUUUUGUUUUCCUGGCAAUGACGUGGCUGCAAGAGUUUUAAUGAAACCUAACCGAGGCUGUGGCUGAGGAACUCAGAGAGAUAGAGAGAGUAGUGGAGGAGAGGCACAGAGACAGGAGGAGAGGCGAAGAAACAAAGAGAGACAUAGCCAAAGACAGGAGGAGAGAAAGAGACAGGAAAAGAAAUGUAGAGAGAUACACAGAGAGAGACAGAGAGAGAAGCAUAGAGACACUACUUCAGAGGCUUUGGCAGCUGCUAGUGUUCUCAUUAUUAGUUGUCAGGGGAGCUCAAUGUUUUGCAAAAUGCUACUCCUCCAGUUGAAGAAAGACACUCAUUCCUGUUGAAGCAACCUCCGCCCUCUAUGACAUUGCUGUCCUGGUUCAGAAAAUUCAAACCGGACAAAUCAACACAUAAGAAAAGAGGCAAAAAGGAUCAAAACCCUUUGGAACGCUGAUGGCAUAUGAUCUUAAGAGCAUGGAGCAGUAUAACAUGAUUGCGCAUCAACUGAAAACUAUUGGAAAUGAAGCAUUUAAACAGCGGCGUUAUCGUAUUGCAAUCCAGAAGUAUGAUGAAGCUUUGAGCAUUCUGCGUGAUUUGCAGCCAACUAAAAGGGAAUUGGCUGUGUUGUACUGCAACAGAUCAAAUGCCCUUUAUAACCUGGAAAUGUGGAAACAUGCUUUUGAUUCCGCACAAUAUGCUAUUGCUGUCGACAGAACCUAUAUCAAGGGUUACUACUGGACUGGCAAUGCCUUGCUGAAGAUGCACGAUUAUAUAGUAGCACAUCAGUAUUUCUAUGAAGGGCUAAACAUCCUGGACGCCAAUCGGGACCAGUCUCAACAUGAAAUUGCAGAUCUUAUAGUGGGAAUACUGACAACGUGUGGGACCGACAGCAACUUCCUUGAAGUCUUAAAAUGGAAAGGCUACAAUUCCACAAUUUGGCAAAUUGUUAUUGAAAAAGCUGCAAGAAAAAAUUUAUGGAAGGCUCUUUACCUUGUCUUGUGUGAUUGGAAGUUGAUGCCUGGUAACGAAUACAGCGCUGCACAAAUCUCUCUUAAAGAACUAUUUGGGAGUUUUCUUCCUAAGUAUAGACCAUUCCAAUACAGAGAUUGGAUAACACAGCUGUUGCGUACCUUAGUGUCUCAUGGUGUAAAGCUUGAAAGCAUUGGACCAUUCCCACUUCAUUCCAUCCUCAAACUUGCCAUAAGGACCAAUGACAGGAAACUUCUUAAAUGGAUUUUCUCACAAAAGCCAUAUCCACAGGAUACAAUAAACCAACAGGAUGACAAUGGGCACUCCCUUCUACAUGUUGUGGCUUCCUGGCAGAAUGGGUUGGAUGGAUAUACACACAAGUGUCAGACUGAAGAUGUGCGUUAUCUCCUGCAAUUAGGAGCUGAUCUCAAUAUCCGUGAUAGUCAGAACAAGCUUCCAAUUUACUACCUGAAGAAACAUAAAAACUUUAAAGCAGUUGAUUUUAUCAAUAAACAUUAUUUAGCAACGGCAACAGACCCAUCAUCUCAAGAAACAGCAAACCAGAUGGAAGAGAGUAAAUCUGCUUGUGCUGCUAUUACAUUUGAAGAGGCUGUUGAGCAGUUUGUGCAGUUUUGCAACUCUGAGAUAGUGGAAUCUUGUAAUGACUUGAUGGCCCAAACACAAGUCCAGGUGUUUCUACAACAGCUAUCUACCAUGACAGAGAUUAAUGCGGCCAUUCUACAGAAUGUUGAGUGCAAGGUUGCAAGCAGCUUAAUCAAACAGCUUCUUCACAGCUGUAAAUGGCAUGAUGCUUUGCUGUUACUGACAGGGAGUUGUAAUGAAAAGCAAAGCCAACAGCCAGUUCUGAAAUGUAACCUCUCUGAUCUGGAUCUUUGCACUAUCGUUGGUAAUCUUGACCAACAAGAGAACAGAGAAUGGCUUCUGCAGAAUUUAAUGGACCAUGGAGCUUCUCCAUGUGGAGUUAGCACUGAAGAAAGUCCAAUAUGCCUGUCUUUAAAAAAAGAUGACUUCAAACUUGUACAUCGCUUAUUGAUCAAUGGAGGAAAUCCGCAGGAUCUUACACUCACUGCAGGCGACACCCCUCUGCAUGCAGCAGUUUGUAUCGUUCUCGACAAAAAAGAUGAGAUUGGUUUGCACAUAUUGAAAUAUCUGUUGGAAAAGUACGGCACUGAUGCAGCUCAUUAUCCAUAUCUCAAUCCCAGCUCUCAAGAUAACAAUGGAAAUACUUUGCUGCACAUUAUAUUUCAUAAACCCUACUCUAAAAAUCAUGAAGAAAUAAUGGAUCUGCUAAGCAGGUUUGAAAUCAACAGCAAGAUGAAAAACAAGGAAGGGAAACAAUGUAUGUACAAAAUUAAAAAAGAUGACCCACGUUUCAUCCUGUGGAAUAAAGCAAUAUCAAGAAAUCGAAAGAAGAGAGAACAAAAUGACCAGAGUCAGAAGUCACGAACUUCAAGAAGUGUGAAGAAUGCAAUGGGCAGAAAGCGACCUUCUCAUCAGAAGGUCGAGACGGUGGAGAGUUCACAGUCUGAUGGACAGACACCACUGAACGGUCCCUCUGAGGCUUCCCUUAAAGUGGAAUUAGAAGGGCAUCCACUGAAAUCAAGGGAUGAACCAAAUGUUGCUUUGACUGUGGAAGAAAUCCUAGUGAAUGAAAUUAGAAAAAUUAUUCAACAACUUAAUGUGGUUGAGACGCCGGUAGAAGCAAGCUGUUCCAAACUACCCACUUUUGACACUUUGCUCAAUGAUUCAACUCAGACUUUGGAAUCGAGAACUCCAGCUUUCAAAACAGAUUCUUCGCAAAACGCUGACAAUUUUGAAGAAGUGAUGUUGAAUGAGACCACAGAGCAUUCAAACUGUUCUGCGCAGCAAUAUCCAAGCCCUGAAGAAGUGACCGAUUUGCAAGACCUGGACUUUGAUAAUAUGACAUGGGAGAUUGAAUGCACAUCAGAGUUACUGAAAAAGCUCAGUUGCAGAGAUGUACCUCAGCAAAUGAAAACAAAAGUUGUAAAGGUGAUUCAGCAACUUGGAAAUGGAGAAUGGACUCAGAGCCUCCAAAAGCCACUUAAGCAUCUGAACAGCCCCAUUAAGCUUUAUGAAGCUAAACUUGACAAAGGGGCAAGAAUGCUUUGGGAACUGGCAGUGGAUUUUUCACCACGUUGCAGUGAAAAGCCAGAAAAGAUUUUUGAAUCGGAGUUUUCUUCUCAUCCUCAAGAGAGAGUCACAGGAAGGGUAUAUAGUGAGAUCAUUCGGAUCUGGGAUAUCAUCCUAGACCACAAUAAACUUAACCGGGCAUUGGAUAUGAUCUGCAGUUCAUAUGACCGUGGACAAAACUGCAUCCUCCGCAAGAAGCUUAAAGGAAUAAACAAAGCUGUGCUUACUUCAAAUUUAAAUGUCCAAAAGAGAAUCCCAUUAUUCUUUAUGGAAUGUGUCGAUUGCAAAGAACCAAAAGAAAAAGUACCUGAAUACUUCCCACCUGCUAGUGCAGUGGAAACGGAGUACAAUAUAAUGAAAUUCCAUAGCUUUAGCACCAAUAUGGCUCUUAAUAUCCUUACUAAUCUAGAGACCAGAGUUGAAUAUCCUUUCAGAGUGGGCGAGUUAGAAUAUGCAAUAAUUGACCUUGUCCCUAAACCAUUACAGGCAAUCAUUCUGAUUGGCCGAAGUGGAACAGGGAAGACUACUUGCUGUCUCUACAGACUUUGGAAACACUUCCAACUUUACUGGGAGAAGACACAAGUUGACAACCCCUGGUUGGUGCGACAGGUAUGGCAUAAAUGGAAAACAGGGCUGAUGGAUGAUGAAGAAAAAGAAUCAGCAGUGAAAGAUGAUAGAACAGAUUUCUCUGAUAAUGUAAAUUGUGAGGAGGAAUUUGAAUCUGUGGUUCAAAGCUGCGAUUUGGAUCUAAAUGGAAUGGCAUUUGAUGGCUGUGGCAGUGAUUUGACAAAUGCUCACGAAGAUAUGCUGGUGAAUCCAGGUGUUGCUGAUAAACUUGAACACUUGCAUCAAAUUUUUGUUACCAAAAACCACGUGCUGUGUCAGGAAGUCUUGAAAAACUUUGUAGAGCUUAGCAAGUCUACCAAAGCUACAGGCCACUUCACACCUCUGGAACCUACUAUUUACAGACUUCAGGACAUUAAGGAUGAGAACUUUCCGCUGUUCCUAACCUCAAAGCAAUUGCUGCUGUUAAUUGACGCAUCCUUGCCAGACCCUUUUUUCCCUCGAAAUGAAGAUGGCAGUCUGAAACGCACAAUUGUGGGUUGGUCUGUUCAAGAAGAUAUGUCAAUACCAGAUUUAGGAGACGAGGAUGAAGAAGAGGAGAAUGAGGGAGAUUUUCUGGAUGAUGAAAGUAGGGUUGUCGAGGGUCAUACCAAAGAAUCUGAUCCCCGUGUCUUUGUGACUUAUGACGUAUUUGCAAGGGAUCUUUGGCCCAAGAUGGUAAAAGGCAAAUCUCACUUUAAUCCAGCUUUAGUGUGGAAAGAGAUCAAAUCGUUUUUGAAGGGUUCUAUUGAAGCUUUAAAUAGUCCUCAAGGUUACCUUACAGAAGAACAGUAUAUUAAACUGGGAAAGAAGAGAGCACCAAAUUUCCAGGAAGACAGAACUGAAAUCUACCAUUUGUUCUGCUUAUAUCAGCAGAUAAAAUCACAGUUUAGAUACUUUGAUGAGGAGGAUGUGUUGUACAUGAUAUCACUGCGAUUAUCGAAGUCUGAUGUACUGCCAUGGUCUGUUCAUGAACUUUAUGGGGAUGAAAUACAGGACUUUACGCAAGCAGAGCUUGCCACGCUCAUGAAAAGCAUCAGUGACCCAAAUUGCAUGUUCCUUACUGGUGAUACGGCUCAAAGCAUAAUGAAGGGGGUUGCUUUCCGCUUUAGUGACCUGCGUUCCCUUUUUUAUUAUGCCCAUGAUUCCAAUCAAAAUGAAAAGAAACAGUGCAAUGUGGCAGUGCCGAGCAGAAUUUACCAACUUCACCAGAACUACCGAUCACAUUCAGGAAUUUUGAAUUUGGCUUCUGGUGUGGUGGAUCUUCUUCAGUACUAUUUUCCAGAGUCCUUUGAUCGCUUACCAAGAGACUCUGGCCUCUUUGAUGGACCAAAACCUUCUGUGCUAGAGUCCUGCAGUGUCAGUGACUUGGCUAUUUUGCUUAGGGGAAACAAGCGGAAAUCCCAGCCAAUAGAAUUUGGUGCUCAUCAGGUUAUUCUGGUCACAAAUGAAAAGGCAAAGGAUGCAAUUCCAGAAGAACUUAACCUGGCCCUGGUUCUGACAAUUUACGAAGCCAAAGGUUUGGAAUUCGAUGAUGUCCUCCUCUAUAAUUUCUUCACGGAUUCUGAGGCUGAUAAGGAAUGGAGGGUCAUCUCCUCUUUUCAACCUUCACCUCAGUCAAAAGACAAAUAUAAGCCAGUACUGGAGCAACCAAUAGAUGAUAUUGUUUCACAAAGCAGACCUCUUGAAUUCAAUGUGGAAUUGCACAAGUUGCUGAAUUGUGAACUCAAACAAUUGUACACGGCUUUCACAAGAGCAAGGGUCAAUUUGUGGAUCUUCGAUGAAAACAAAGGGAAACGUGACCCAGCCUUCACAUAUUUCAUCAAGAGAGAUUUCGUCAGAGUGGUCAAAACAGAUGAGAACAGAGAGCUUGAUGACAGCAUGUUUGUAAAGGCGUCAACGAUGCAAGAAUGGGCAGAAAGAGGUGACUACUUUGCAAAACAUCAAUGUUGGAAGGUGGCUGCCAAGUGUUACCAGAAAGGUGGAGAUUUGGAAAAAGAGAAACUGGCACUAGCACAUGAUGCCGUUCUUAAUGUACAGGUUAAGAAAAGGAGCCAGAGGGAAAUUCAGAUUGAAUACCUCCAGUUGGCCAAGAUUUACCUGGAGUGCAAAGUGCCAAAACUGUCAAUGAAGUGUUUGAGAAAUGCGAAGGAGUACAAGCUCUGUGCAGAACUGCUUGAGAAAUUAGGAAAGGUGGGAGAUGCAGCUUGUUCAUACAGAAAGGCUCAGUGUUACAGACAAUCUGCAAGAUGCUUUGAACAAGUGCACAAAUUUGAGCUGGCGCUCCAAAUGCUCUGCCGUGGUGAAUUAUACAAUGAAGCUGCUCUGGCUGUGGAAAGAUACAAAGACAUUCAGCCUUCUAUAAAACUUAAAUACUCUGCAGAGCAGUUUCGUCUAGAGGCUGCUGCCAUGUUUCUGAGGGAGAAUAAACUCACUGAAAUGACAGCCUCUCUGAAUUAUCUUGAUCCUGAAGACCAGCUAUUUUUCCUCAAGUCAAACAAGUGUUUGUCUCAAGCAGCUGAGCUGUUGAAAAGCCAGAGCCGGGAGGAGGAAGCUGCCAUUUUGAUGCGGGAACACGGAAAGCUUCAAGAAGCAGCAAGACUUUCGAACAAGAAAGAAUUUCAAGCUGAGUGCCUCAUUGCCGCAGUCCGAGUGAGUCUACUCAAAGAGAGCAAAGGAGAAGAGAUAAGUGCCUCAGACAAAGAAAGCAUCCAAGAUAUGCUGGAUGAAGCAACCAAACUCUUCAAAAUCAGAAAACGACAGUCGUCUGAUAUAGCAGAAGCCUUGCUCUUGAAGGGUCUUUUAAACAGAGAGACAAAUGUGAUUGCAGAAGCUUUUGAGAUUUUUGUCGAUGAAUAUAACAGUGCUGGAGCUGUGGAGAGCCUCUUUUUCUUACUGCAGAGAGACCCUAAGGCUUUGUCAGACUUUGAACGAUCAUUGACUUGUCUGGAAAUGUUGAUGAGUUUGGUGAAAGCACUGGACAAUCCCCAGAACAAUGCCGAGAAAGACAUGGUCAAAGCUUGCUAUGCGUUUUUUGGAAUUUUGCAAGUAGAUGCCAAGUAUGGCAGAAUUCCACUGUAUGAAGGAGUGAGAAUUUUGCAGCUGGAUUUUGACUUGGACCUAAGUGAAAAGCAAGGCAAUUUUUACAAAUGUGAAAUCAAACAAAUUAGGAUCUUCCUACAGAAGCACUUUCUGCGUCACCUUUGUGACUUUGCUGAUAAAAUCAAGUCAGUGGGACAGAAUACUCCAGAUAUUUGUCCAAAGUUUAUCUGUGGUUUAGCCUGUAACUCUCCUUCCUGUCAAGAUUAUCAUAGGCCUUUGAAAAGAUAUGAAGCAAAAUAUUCACUUAAUGCCAAGGUGUAUCUGACUGUUCUAAAUGGAAUAUUGCUGGAAGCCAAAGAUUUCUAUUCUAAAGACACCUUUCCAGAAGUUGAGAAAAUUGAAGAUAUUCUUACUGGAGACCCAUAUGCUUUAUGCACCCCUCUGCUGAAUGCUUUUUACCCAAAACAUUUUCACCAGAGGGUUAUAUCCGAAAGCCCUGUUGUUUGCCGAGAGAUUUUGGGAUUAAUAAAGGUGAUUCAGUUUCACAGCUUCAAAUCUGUGCUGCGGGAGUACAUAUCUCAUUGUUUUCAAUGUUCCACAGUAGAGGAAAGAAGAGAAUCAACAGAUUUGUGGGUACAGACCCAACAGGUUUAUCUUCUGACUUGUGACUACCCCAAGAAAAUUGAAGAUCUGCUCUCGAAAGUUGAGCAAGAAUAUGACUCUGAGCGAAAGAAAUGUGAAGGAGGCUCACGUGUUCAAGACAAAAGGAGAACAGGCCUAAGAGGCAAGCGUGGAAUGUUGCCUACCAACACGUUACACUUAUGUAUUUUCAGACUUCUAGUUACAUCUGUGAAGGAUUUUUAUGAACACGCUGACCCAGAGAAAUGUAUUCAUCACUUUUUCCGGUUCAUGAAUGUACUAAUUAAAAGAUGUGCUGGUCUCCUCAUCCCGAGUAUAGCAAAUACCGUGUCAGUGCUUGAAUUCCAGUUUAUUUUGUGUUGUUCCACCCUUAUGCGUUUCAAGAAGAACCUUGUGGUUUGUCUCCCAAGGAGUUUUAUAGCUCUCAUUCAUUACUGGAACUUCAUGUUCAAAGUUAAUGUCAAACACAGAAAGUCCAGAGAUGCAUUUAACAUCAUAAGUGAGUUCAAGCCAAAGGACGUCCCCAAAGUCAUUUAUAAAAUGAAUAAACAUUUGACUUACCUGAUCAGUGUCUUGUGUGGUGGGGAGCGCAGAGACUUCAAUGUACUUCUGGAUGCUUUCAGUGAUCCAGAUUAUACUACUUCGGGAGAGGCUGAGAGGACAGCAGUUCUGGGAGUGGUGAUGUUGAUAAAUGCAAGAUACGUUUUGGAAGAAUGUUCGGUGGAAACGAUGAUCAGAUCUAGUUUCUGUGAAGUAGAGGAACAGUUGAAAAAACUCACUCAACACCAUGGAUCAAAGGUUCCAGCAAGGCUCAUAGAUCUUGUUGAAAACGUUAAUAGAGCACAAAGUGUUAAUGAUGUGGUGAUCAGCCUUCAGGAGUUACUGAAGGCGAGAGAUGAUGAGUAUUUGCAUGACUGCUUCUGGAAAUGGGAUCAUCCCUCUGGCCCUGGUUCAGUACCGGGUAUUUACUUUCAGAACAUUCAAGCUAAAAGAUUCAUUAAUGAAUGUUGGACAAAAAAUUAUGAGAUUGCACACAUCCCGGAGAAAGACCACGAUGCUCCAGACAAUGCUCUAUACCUUGAGGAAAAGGAUGAACACCUCCAGGACAUGGCUUUUGAAUUGCAAAAGAAAGCAAAUUUGAGACGGAAAUGGCAGUGUGUAGUACAUGUAAUUAAUGCAUGCGGGUACCUGCUAAAACUCUUGACGCACACAGAUUCAGAUACUAUCCAACCGAAGACUGAGGUUCCCAGCAACUUCAAAGAGGCCUAUGUAGAUAAGACGCAGUGCGAUAUUUGUGGAGUGAGAUUUUCUAAGAGCUAUGCUGAUUUAUGUCGAAAGCAGGAACAUGAAGAAGCUGCUAACCAUAUCUCAGAAAACUGGGAAGACAAUGAAGAUGAAGAGGAAAGUGAAACUUUAUACGUGAACAAUUGUUUCGAAACCCACAUCAGAUUCGAAGAGCAUAUAAAGAAAGAAGCUGCCUACAAUGCUUAUUUGACUUACUUUGGGGGAUCUGUGGAGCCUGUCAUGUGCAAAGGCAGAAGUAUGCUGCAUUCUCUUGAGGAAAAGGCAACCGAUUACUUGACAUUUAAAGAACUAUCAAAAGUGAUGUCUGGAAAACUGCAGGACAGUAUUAAUGAAAUUAGAAAUUUGAUCGACAGUAUCUACAACCAGAAGACCUGGGUAAACGGUGAAAAAAUAUUAUCAGAGAAAAUUGACAUGCUUCAGGAAAUUGUAAAUGAAGCUGACAUGCGACAGAAUCAAUUACUCUGCCACACUGAUGAUGGAGCUGAAGCUAACCACAGUGCGGCUGAUUUUGAAGAAGGCCUAGAAGACAGGCAAGAAAACUUUGAUGAAUUACGCUCUAAGAAAAGGAGGAAGGGCACCAAGAAAAAGCGAAAGCAUUAACAUGAAAUCAAACAUGUAUACUGGGUGCACAGAAGGAGAUCAGAAUUUCAUUGUAUACCAGCGUUCAUUUAUCGUUUGUGCCUCUGAUAAUGCUGAUUGAAUGUACACAUCAUUUUGUAUUUUCCAAUACUUAUAUCAUGAAUAGUUAUUAGUUUCCUUUAUACUUUUAUGGAAUUCAACGCUUGCAUUGCAAGAGCCCUCCUUAAAGACCAGGCUUUUUAAACUGUUUUAAAUGUUGACAAUAAGGUACAGCGUUCCUUUUCUAAGACGGUCUGGUUAUUUUUCAAAUUCUUUUUACAACUAAUUUACAAAUUAGUUUUUUACCAUUAUAUGAUUAAUAUGUUGGUCCUUGGAAUCAGAAAAGAAUGCUCAUCCUUAAAGUAUUAUUCAGAUAGAAGGAUAUUUUCCUGAUCAGAGUUCAUAAAAUCCCUACAGUGUCGAAAGCAAGCCAUUCGGCUCAUCGGGUCCACACCAAUUCUCCGAAGACCAUACCACUCCAACCCACCCCACUACCCUAUCACUAUAACCCUGUGUUCCCCAUGGCUAAUCCACCCAGUCUGCAAAUGCCUGAACACUAUGGGGCAAUUCAGCAUGGCCAAUCCACCAAACAUGCGCAUCCUUGGACUGUGAGAGGAAACCAGAACACCUGGAGGAAACCCAUGCAAACCUACAGAGAAUGUGCAAACUCCACAUAGACAGUCACACAAGUGUGGAAUCGAGCCUGGGUCCUUGGCACACUGUGAGGCAGCAGUACUAACCAUUCAGCCACCGUGCUGAUGAGCUGCAAAACUUCUCAACCAGUUCUUAAGGUCAUCUCUGACCUAACUGGAAGGUCAUUUUUAACUUGGACUAUUUUAGAAAACUCAUCUCUACUGAAACUCUCUUAUUCAGUGUCUUGUCUCAAAAAGACAGUGCCUCCUAGUGGUAGUAUGGACCUUAAAUUUUUUUUCUGGAUUUGCUUUAAAACUUUAUUUAUCAUGGUUAUUGUCUCAUUUUGUAAAAGGCUGUUGCAUUUGAAAUUUUACUUUGAUUUGCAAAAAUAACUCAGAGGAAAACAGUGUAAGAUGAUUGUAAUAUGUCAUUUACCUAUGUGGAUGUAGAUUACCUGUACUUUUUAUGACGUUAAAUCAUUUGUUUUAAAAUUGAAUGUUUUGUGCUUACAUUUGAAAUAGUUGUUUGUAGAUAUGAGCUUACUUGGACCAAUUUUUUUUUUACUAAAAAUCAACAAGCUAAUUUUGUUCAUAAAUGUGAAAUUUCUCAAAUGUAAAAACAGGCAUUUGAAGUCUACUCAUGUUAAUUAAAAUUUCAUUUUGGCCAGGGAAGGAAAAAAGCUAUAUUACCCAUUGAUUUGAAUUAAAUGAUUCAAAUAGCCAGCAGGAGGCAAUUUCUUUUUCUGUUGGUGCAAGAUUUGAGUACUAAUUAAUAGCUUGAAUUAUGCUUUUUGAAUUGUGUAAAGUAAUUGGUAAAAAUUGCUUGAUACAAAAAAAAACUCCCAUCAAAUAAUGGCUUUUGCUGAAAGUUUGAAAUAUUUUAAGAACACCAUAGGUUAUGACAUUGCUAAUUCAUAUAGUUAGUUUCUUGUAUUUUUUUAAGCCAUUGAUUUGAUAAAAUGUCAAGUUUGCUUUGCACCCUUGGAAAAAGUUGCUUUCCAAGUUUAAAAUAAUGUUGGUCAACAUGUGAAAUUCCCUCUAUUCUUCUAGAGUCUAGUUUUAAGGACAAGAAAAUGAGUAAAUAAAUUGCUAAGUGAGUUCCAAAUGUAUGUUAAAAUACGUAUAUUUUAUACUUUACCAAUUAAUUUUUUCUGAAAAAUUGUGUGUAUAAUGUUUUACGAACAGAAUGAAGCUUUAGUUUUUCUAGAUGUGACUUUGAGUACAAAAGGAGACUUUUCCUUCUAAAGCAUAAUUUUUACUCAGAUGCCUUAUUUAGCGUCAAGUCUGUAAUAGUUGUUCUAAAGAUUCCUGUGUUUUUUGGGUCUGUAUUAUAGAAGUAAAAUCAUUUUCCACACUA